CCGUAGUUAGGUACGGGAAGAUCCUGUCGGCAUUUCAAUUAACUUGCCGGCGUGUACUCUAUUGAUUUGGCCGUAAAUGGCAAUUGAUAUGACACACUGGCUGUAUCCGACCACAACUGCGGCGCCAACUCCAUAACAACCUCCUCACCAAAUUGCUUACCCUCACCAAUCGCUCAUAGUACUGUCUGCUUGGACAUGGAUGAAACCCCGACAGGAUGGACAAGUAGCAUGCAUAUUUUCUCACGAUAUGUAUCCUCAGAACGAAGUGUCAAGGAUGAAUGUUGUUUGUCACCGACUCUAUCGGCCGCCACAAUCGUGCAUUCCACUGAACUCAGCAUUGAGUACGAAGAUGGAGAUGUCAUUUUGCGAACUGAUGACACGGAUUUCCGGGUUCAUAAAACCGUCCUUCGUCUAGCAUCUCCAUUCUUUCGUUCACUGUUCACACUACCUCAGCCUCCAUCGACCCCUGAGGAGAUACCGAUUAUUCCUAUGGAGGAAGAUGCAGAGGUUUUGCACACUUUGAUCAGCAUCAUCUAUCCCAUUCGAUAUAAAUUGAUUAUCGACAAUCUCGGAUUUGCAACACGAUUGCUCCGAGCAGCGGACAAGCUGGAGAUCGAAUGUGCGAUCGACCUUAUCCGUGAUUCUAUUACGCCGCUACUGGAAAGUGUUCCUAACCCACUCCGUGCUUGGGCAUUGGCGAAAUACAUGGGUCAUGAAGUAGGGGAGAAGGCGGCGGUCUUACGAUACAUCAAAUGCGAAAGUUCAGCGCUAUUGCGGGAGCGAUUCACGGAAUUGGGUUAUGUCAACGCUCUCGAUUACUUCGACUUGGUGCUGAAACGACAAGAUGCGCUUAGAGAGGCAGAGACAGCUAUCAACAAGACCGUAUGGGGAUGUUCAAAGUGUGGAGGGUGCCCAGCGUGGAGGAGUCAUUACGACAACGCGAUAGCUGGACUCAAUCCAUUCAACGAUUGCGUCGCUUCAGAUGACUUGUUUAGCCUCGCUGCUUCCGCAUCUGGGUGUGCACUUUGCGUCGACAGCGUCCGCAAGCGGAACAGUCUAGCUACGACCAAAACACCCAGCAGUUUACGCGCGCAGUUACGUACAAUUUUGUCGAAAUAUUCGUCCUGAAUACCAGUCACGACGAAGACCCCAACUAGGGUCAUUUUUUUUUUUUUGGGGGGGGGCCGCCUCUGUGUAUGUACUUUAGAUUCUUGGACAGUGAUAUAAUAUACAACUCUUGACAGGCGCACGCGCACGGUGCAAUGGGAACGUGUCACGAUUGCCCAAACCAAGUUGGGGUUAAUUACAUGAUUUGACAGAAGAAUGUAACCACCCACG